ACGUCAUUCAACUCUACGAUCCAAAACUCACCUCACAAGCUUACAGCAGUCACUACACUUAUACUCAACUUUACGACUUCACGGGCAAUCAUACAAUCAUCCGUUACUGCGGCAUUCCUUAUCGUUUUCCAAAUCCGACGUCUCUCUCCUCGGAACGAUCCACGAUCCCAGAAUACGGUGCCUCGGAGCUUGGAAAUACACAGUCCAUUUCCACAUCCGACAACUCUAUCACCGCAAUGCCUCCGAAGCGUCGGGCAGCAUCAGGCCGAACCGCCUCCAAUCAAUCGACUCUCACAUUCAAUGGUCGCUCAAGCAAAGUCUCAAAGCCGGGAAAGUCGGUACCCGGGAAGGAUGCAAUUGUCAAGCCCAAAAGCAUCGAAACGCCGAUCCGAAUUGAGCCAGUCAAUGAGGAACCCACAACUCGGGAGAAUGCCCUCAUCGAACAAGUUGUAGCGGAAGCCAAGAAGGAGCUUACACCGGAAGAGGAGGAGGCAAACAAGAUAUCAGAAGCGCAGAUUAAGAAGUACUGGAGGGAGAAGGAACAGGCCCGGAAGACCCCAAGAGUGCAUCAGCAGGAACUCAGCUUGAAUGAGAAAAUAUUACGGGAGUUUGAUACAACAAGCCACUUCGGGCCCUGCAUUGGGAUUACUCGAGAGAAGCGCUGGAAAAGGGCGCAUCGCCUUGGCCUGAAUCCAUCGUUAGAGAUUCUCGCGGUGGUUCUGAAGGAGGAGGAGGCAGAGAAUGUCAAAGCACAGAGAUCGUAUGUUGAUGAGCUCAUGAUGUCUAGGUUUGAUGAGGUGUGAUAGGAUCAUGGAGAGCGGCAAAUUGUCUUCCUAUUGAUAUACCCACGGUGUUAAGGCGUUGUCUUAUUGAAGAUGGGUUUUACACUGGACGAUAUCAUGUUCCCGAUCGACUGUGUAGUCUAAGCGAUUUGAUCUAAACGCAUGCCGUUGCAGAAUUACAUGUAAUAGCCUUUCCAUUCUUUCUAGUGACCGAAAACCAAGAACCGGCAGGCCUAAAACAGUUGAAUGCAGCAUGAGCUUAAUGAACCCGC